UAAAAAGCUCAGGAGGAAGACAUGACCAUGUUGGUGCAGUGGUGAGGAGGUGGACGGAGACGCUGCAGAGCUCUUCUGUUAAAGGGACGUUUCUGAGUUCGAGUCUCUCGGGAUGUCUGCUGAUGACUCAGCCGGAAGCAAUCUGGUGUCGGUGGACUUUGAAGUCUUCGGUCACGUCCAGGGAGUCUGCUUCCGAAUGUACACGGAGAAGGAGGGCCUGCGGCUCGGGCUGGUCGGCUGGGUGAAGAACACCUACAAAGGGACGGUGGUGGGACAGGUCCAGGGUCCGGCUAACAUGGUGGAGGAGAUGAAGGUGUGGCUGAGUAAAGAAGGAAGUCCCACCAGUCGGAUCACCAGAGCCUCCUUCACCAACCAGAGGACGAUCGACAAGCUGGAGCUCUCCGGCUUCAAGACUCGCUUCUGACCAAUGAAGCAAAGAUCCUGCGAACAGCUUCUCCACCAUCCUCUGGGAGAGGUCAGAGGUCAACGAUGCUCCUACAGAUUCAAUGAAUGAAGACUCUGGAUGUCAUGGAAUCACUGCUGCUGGUUUAUUCAGAGGCUGACUGAGAAUUUAUUUAUAGUUUUUAAUAAGUUGGAUGUUGACUUUGUGUCGCCAUCUGUACAGCAAGCACCUAAAAACACUGAAACCAUCAAAGCCUGAUUUGUAUGAAUUAAAUAUCUUCCAUCAUC